CCUAAUAGUUGUCACCAUCAAAUAAUAACAUAUAGAGUACCACAAAACUGACUUGUAAAAAUCCCUAACCUUGGCCGAAACAGUUCGAGCCGAAGUUAAGCCAGUUUCCUUUCAUGUAAUAAAUACAUAAAAGCAAGGUGAAUUCUUAACAAGUACGAAGUCCCUGUACUCACAUGCGGCGCGUCCUUUAAUUUUGCGGAGCAACAUGACGGUAUCCUGGACAGAUGAGUUAACCGAAGAUUCAGAAUUACCCCCUGUUGAAGAAAAGUUCGAUUCAGAACGUAACAUUAAAACUGUCGUACGAUAUUUCUUCAAUGAAGACGGUGAUUUGAUCAAGGAAACUAAAGAAUAUCAAAGAGAAAAACGAGUUGUUGCUUCACGAGUAGCGGACAGAAAAAAAUGGAAAAAGUUUGGCGCUUCAAAAUCUGAUCCAUCUGGCGGAAAUUUAGCCAAUACUUACCCAGCCGAUAUAGUUACCAUGCAAAUUGUUCAAUUAAGACAGGCAUGUGUAUAUUUUUGUUCAUUUACCAUUUAUUUAUUGUUUAAAAACUUGCCACAUACUACAGAUGAGAUGUCAAUCAUUUGACUGUCUGAAGUUAGUCAUAUGUGACGUAAAACCUAAGACAUGAGUGUUGGAUGUAGUUGUUAUACCAAGUUAGCAUAUCGAGAUGAACUAUCAAUGUAAAUCCCACCGUAGUAGAAUUAGCAACAGCACCAAUAGUACCUGAUACAUUAACGUGAUGAUCGUGCUUGCCUAUCCUGAUAACCCAACCGAGCUUUUUAACUGUAACACGUUCCUUUAGGUCCUGUAAUGCCAUGGAAGCCGGCUGGAGACUAAAACCAGCAACUUAAGGUCCGAGGGCAAACUCGUAUUGAUGGUUACAGAGAGGUGUAAUAGAGGUCAGGUGUUUCCCUUAGGCAACUAGCAUCUGCAGCGAUGCUGUCUCCUCACAACGGAAAGAAAGAGUUAGAAAGGUCGAUCAUAAAAAUGUCACACCCCACCUUACCCCAUGGAUUUUCAUCUUCGUCGAUAAAGCGUUUUGAAGUGUGAAGCCAACACAUUAUAAACUUCCCAUAAAAAGGUCGUGCGCGACCGGUCCCAAGCAGUUGUCCCUUGGGCAUUGCGCUCACACUUCCAGGUCACUAAGACCUCCACUAAUCCAGCUUCUUUAUCAGAUCCCUCAAGAAAAGUAUUCUUCGACGGUAGGAAAAUUAACCACCGUCUUCAUACCUUUAAUAGCACUCGGAAUUAUCUUGUUGACGAUUGAAUCCUUACCUCAACCCAUAAUAAUUCUUGCAUCCCACGACUAAUCGUCCUCGUAUAUCUUUAUCAUGACGUGCCACUAAUGCUUUUAGUUCACGAAAUGUUAUUCUUGAUCUUUUGAAACUACGCUCUAAACUACAUGUUGGAGCUUUUGAUGUUCAAACCUUGUGUCAGAUGGGACAACAGGUUUCUUCAGCUAAACUCUAGAACCUCGCGCCUUAGAUCUAUGCUGCAUCCCCGAGACGCACAUACAGGAUCCAAGUACAGUUAUUAGUCUGACCUUACCUUAUCAAUCUAAAAAACCAGUACGUCAGUCAGUCAGUCAGUCAGUAACAACGUAGAACUUCGUGCGUACGUGAAUCAGUUCGAGUUGCUACACCACAUUAGCAUAGAGAUGCAGUGGUCAAUUCAAAUCCCGUAGUGGUAGAGGUAAUAAGAGUAUAAGCAGUAAUCGGGAAAAUUAGGGUCUGGAGAUGUUAUUUAAAGAGUAUAAUACAGUGAAAUAAAUUUGAGAGGAGAAAAAAAGAGACAAGGAGGAAUAAGGAGAACAAAAUUUGGGAGAACACAAAGAGUGUAUGCACCUGCGCCAUUGCAAACGAUUUUGAGCCAUGUCAUUCAGGGUCUCUAACCAACGGUUGCUAUCAUCUCGCGGUCCCCAACCAGCUAGUCUACACCUACCGACAUGACUCAGUCCACUUGUCAGUGACUUCAUGGACUUGUGCCAUGUUUUGGUCUGGCCGCCUCUAGCUUUCUUCCAACCUACUCCUAUACCACUGAACAUCGCACGUCGAGGCAGUCGGUAGUU